GGGGGGGGGUUGCCGGCUUUUCGUGUCUAUCGUCGUGGGCGUUGUGAUACUUCUAUACAUAUAUAUACGUGACAAUCUGCCGCACUCAGGCAGUUGAAGGGGGAGGAGGUAGAGGGCCGAUUCGAAACCAAUACCUCGCCCACAGUUCCUAGACCUGCGUUAUCCUACCUCGCCGAGCCUGCCUUUAGAGUCGAUAUGCUAUUCUCUACCCUCGUCUCGACAACCCUCCUAGCCGCGACGGCUUGGGGCGCGUUAUUGACCCAGGUCCAAAAUUACAACAAUAAUGCGACAUCUAGGGCACAGAUGUACGUAUAUAGGCCCGACAACGUCGUAGAGAACGCACCUCUGGUCGUCGUGAUCCACUCAUGCCAGUCCUCGGCGCAAUCCUAUUUCCAGAAUAGCGCGAUCCCAUGGAAGCAAGGGUCCGACAAAAAGGGCUAUAUCACUAUCUGGCCGAGUUCGCCCAAUAGCGGCACAUGCUGGGACGUGUCAUCGAAGCGGUCACUGACACACCUCGGCGGCGGUGACAGCCAGGCUAUCGCUAAUAUGAUACUGUAUGCUCUGUCCGAGUAUAAUGCCGACUCGGAGCGCGUCUACGUUACCGGCGGCAGCUCCGGCGCCAUGAUGUCCAACGUGCUCGCCGCCACGUACCCCGAGCUUAUCAAAGCCGUGUCGCUGUAUAGUGGUGUAGCUGCCGGCUGCUUCGUCAGCUCCUCCGGCGGCGUCGCCCAGUGGAACAACUCUUGUAGCGGCGGCCAGUCGCGCGCCACUCCCCAGAAGUGGAAGCAGGUCGUCCUCGACAUGUACCCGGGCUACGACGGCCCGCGCCCUAAGAUGCAGAUAUGGCACGGCAGCGUGGACGGCACGCUCGCACCCCAGAAUUACCAAGAGGAAAUCAAGCAGUGGACAGCCGUCUUUAAUAUGACCCAGGAACCCACGAGUUCCGUCCAGAAUUUCCCCAAGCAAGGAUAUACCACCAGUAACUAUGGAGAUUCGGUCCAAGGCAUCUAUGCUCAGGGCGUGGGCCACAGCGUACCGGCGAACCUGGCGGCAAGCGAGGAAUGGUUUGGUCUGUAACACAAUGAUGGCCUAUUGCCGGCUCAAUGUGCGAUCGGGUUAACGACUAGGUAGUAACCCGCGGUGAUAUCGGAACCGCCAACGUCAGAAUGUAUGUAGACCAGGAUAAACGUUUUGUGUCAU